UUUCUGUUUUCGACUUGCCGCGUAACGGUUGUCAUCGCUCGCGAGUUAACGGCACACAGCGAGGCUCGCACGCAACAACAGCAGCAGCAGCCCGCACCCUCUCUUCACCCACUUUCUGGAAGAUUCAAGACUACACUAAGCUAAGCUUACAAGAGAGUGUUCCGAAAUACGGACACAAGUUUUUCCCUUUUUAGUUUGUUUGAUUUGUUCGUUUUGUUUAUCUGUGUUUCUUCCCUCGUUCGUAUUCUGUGUUGCGGCUGUGAAAGAAAGACAUACUGCAAUUAGUUACUCUCUUCUGCAACCAACUGUAUUUGAGUGUGUGUUUGUGUUAUCACCGAAACACACACACAUUUAACUCGUAAAGAAAUCAACGUGAGUGUGAGUGUCGCUUUAUCAGAGAAGCCAGAGCCACAGCAAAAAGAGACCAACCCACGCGACUCGAUAAGGCAAAAUCAACAAGAAGCAAAUUAACGGCGGUCGUCACUCUGCACUUCCCCUGCACUUCUGCCAUCGUCAGCAAUUAACCUGCAUUGAGAGCGCCAGAGAGCGCCAAUCAGCUAAUCAAUCAAAUGAAGCAAAUGAUUCGUUUUACCGACGCUCUCUAUGGUUGCUGAUUAAAGGCCCGCUAAGUGCUCUCAACAUAGUGGAAUAGUGGCAAAGUGUGUGGAAAACGCUUCCUCUUCAAAGUCGACAAAUGAAAACCAACAACAACAACAACAAUAGCAACAGCAACAGCAAUCGCUUAAGCAACCUGUUGGGCCAAGCAGCAACAGCAGCAGCAACAAUUGUCAAUCAGAGUGGCCGUCAGAACCGCACUCGGGAUAAUCAGAGUCUUUUGCGGAUACAAAGCUACACGUACAAGUGUCUGAAUCACAAUCCGCGACGCGAGAUACUGACCUGAAAUCCCCCAAUCAUAUAAAACAGCUCCAGGCAGACACACGACUCGUGGUGUCCCGCCAAAAAAAGAGCAUAUUGAUUGUGUUUUCACUUUGUAUUUUAUUUGCGUUGCAAAAGACUUGCAUUUGCAGUUGCAGUGGUGGCUGUAGUAGCUUUAAUUGCCAUCAACCACAGUGAAAACCAAACCAGAGAGAGAUACAUAGAUAAAUAGAGAGAGAGAGAGAUCAAGAGACCCUGAAACUGAAUCUGAAUUGCAGCCAGCCACAACCAAAACAAAAACGUAAAACCAAAAUCUGGUUUGACUCGAUUCAACGAUACGCUACAAUUCACUGACGAGCCUCCCCAGUGCGUUUCGAUAGCUGCUCCACUUUCGUGGAGCUCUGUUACUGGCUCUGUCUCUGUCUCUGACUUUGGCUCUGACUCUGCCACUGGCACUCAAUCUGGCCCGGUCCGUCCCGAUAAAGGCAAUAAACAAAAGACGUUACAACGGACGGAUCGAGAGAGCUGUUGGCUGUUGCUGAGCCGCAAACUGGUUAUUGGUAUAUUUAUUUGUUGAUCCAGGCUGCAGCUUGAAGUUUGUAGUUGGACUCAUGUACUACGCUGUUGAUUAUUACGCGGAUAUGGGACAAAUCUCACAAGAUUGUUCCACAGCAGCCACAACAGACAUUGAUAUGGAUGAUCUCGACGAUUUGGAUCAAGUGACGCAGGUGAUCGGCUACCAUCCACACUUCCACGAUCAUUUCCUUCGCACCCAGAACUUUAUUAUGAAGGGCGACGGACCACUGCCCAACGACUACAGAUACUAUCUGGCCAUAAUUGCUGCUGCACGACAUCAGUGCCCGUAUUUGGUGAAGCGCUACGAGAAGGAGUUCAUCAAUCAGGGCGGAAGCGGCGAGUGGCUGCGCGGAUUGAACCACAUCCCCGCCAAACUACGUGCCAUAUACGAUAUAAAUAAAAUAUUAGCCCAUCGCCCCUGGCUAUUGCGCAAGGAGCAUAUUGAGCUUUUGACAAAGGGAAAAAAUAGCUGGUCCCUAUCGGAGGUGGUGCACGCCAUGGUCUUGCUAUCACAUUUCCAUUCACUAUCUUCAUUUGUGUUCUCCUGCGGCCUCACACAAAAGCUGGAUGGCCUGUCUAGUCCCAAACUGAAGAGUGCUCCUGCUGCGGUGGGGGCACCAGCACCAUUGCAGCCCGUUGCCAGUGCGGUAAGCUCCGUGCGCCAGACCACAACCACUCCCAUCCAUCAGAAAACAGUUUUGGGUGAGAUAUCGCUGAACAACGCCAGUGGUUGUGGCACAAAGCCGGAUUACAAUAGCCAAAAUGCUGCAAGAAACAAUGGAAAUGCAGCCGCACCAGCGCCAGCACCUGGAGCUGUUUCUGGUGAUGGCGGGGGUGGUGGUGGUGGUGGUGGUGGUGCAGCGGCCCUCAACGGAUAUUUGGCCACGGCCCAGCAGCUGCCCCAGCAGCACGGCAUCAGUGUGGAGGCCCUGAUGGAACGCAUGAAGGUGCUCUCCCAGAAUCAGGACGAGUGCAGCGAGGCGGAGCUGAGCAGCCGAUUCAAGAAUGUGGAGAUGCAGACCGCCGAAUUGGCGGCCGUGACGCCGGAGCCAGCGGUGGCCCUGCCACCUAACAUCUCUCACUAUGUGGACGAUGCGAAUUUCAUUUAUCAGGACUUUGCCCGUCGCGGAGCGGAGAAUGUGAAUACGUUUCGCAUACAGGAUUACUCCUGGGAGGAUCACGGCUACUCGCUAGUCGAUGGGCUGUACAAUGAUGUGGGAACGUUUUUGGAUGAGAAGUUUCGCUCGGCCUACAAUCUCACGUACUGCACCAUGGGCGGGAUCAAGAACGUGGACACCUCCAAGUUCCGACGAGCCAUCUGGAACUAUAUUCAGUGCAUCUACGGCAUACGCCACGAUGACUACGACUAUGGGGAGGUGAAUCAGCUGCUUGUUCGUCCGCUGAAAAUGUUUAUUAAGACAGCCUGUUGCUUUCCCGAGCGUAUUACCACCAAGGAUUAUGAUAGUGUGCUUGUCGAGCUGCAGGACAGUGAAAAGGUUCAUGUGAAUCUGAUGAUAAUGGAAGCCCGUAAUCAGGCCGAGUUACUCUAUGCUCUGCGCGAGAUAAUGCGCUAUAUGACUUGAUCUCAUUAAGUGAAUAACUCUAAAUACGUAUACUACACACACACAAAACAAACACAUAAGCACAUACACAUACACAUGCGCGCAUAAACAAAUACAAACAAAUGCAAACAUGAAACAUUUUGUUAUUUUGAAAGUGCAUAAAAAAAAUGCAGCGAAAGGAACAGAAAGGGCCCCGCAAGCAGAAUUAUCGAUGGAAAAAAUAAUAGAAAUAGCUGCAGGCGCAGCCGCAGCCGCAGCAGCAGCAGAACAAUGAUUUGUGCAAUAAAAAAUCAACUUACACGUACUCCAAUUGGAAAUCAACUCUCAACUGGCAUUAAAUAAAUGAUUGUGGGAUAUUUUGAUCCAUCAACAGUAGCAUGCCAAUGGCAGUGGUCUCUCCACAUGAGACAUACAUGCAUAUAAUAUUCAGAAAAGCCAAAAACCAAAAAUUAAUUGAAAAGAAAAACUCAGAGCUCAGGCAAGAGCCCUUCCAUCUGUCUAUCUGUCAGUCUGUUUACCCUUUCGUUUCGUGCAUGUGCAAGCAAUAAUCACUGUACAUAUGUAUUAUGAUUUGUUUAAUUAUUUUAGUGAAAUAAAUACAAUUUUUAUUUGAAUUAUA